CCGACCGGAACACCCUUAAUAACUGUCAGGCUGAAGUUUAGCGGACUAGCAGCGACCCGAGCCUGAUCCGGAGCCUGAUCCCGAGCCUGAUGGCCCUGAUACCGGCCUGACCCCCGCCCCCUGGAACCAUGGAUCCCCCCGGAGCUCCCGGAGCCCCGCAGGCCGCCCACAGGCCACCCAACCCCGGGGACCCGCAGCUGGACGCGGCGCUGCAGCGCUGGAGGUCCUGGGACCGGAACCCGCGGACCCGGGCCCAGCUGGAUUCCCUGGUUCUGGCGGGUCGGCAGGAGGAGCUCCGGGCUCGGUUCUGCAGCAGGAUGAGCUUCGGAACCGCUGGACUCCGAGCGCCGAUGGGAACCGGAUUCAACCGGAUCAACGACCUGACGGUGAUCCAGUCCACGCAGGGUCUGUACUCGUACCUGAGCAGGUGUAUGGAUGACCUCAGCAGCCGAGGGCUGGUGAUCGGGUUCGACACCAGAGGACAGAAGGAGAGCGGCUGUAGCAGCCAGCGGUUAGCGAAGCUAACGGCCGCUGUGAUGCUGAGCAGAAACGUCCGGGUCCAUCUCUUCUCCUCGUACGUUCCUACACCGUACGUGCCUUACGCCGUGAGGAAGCUGGGAGCGGCGGCCGGCGUCAUGAUCACCGCGUCCCACAAUCCCAAGGAGGACAACGGAUACAAGGUUUACUGGAGCAACGGCGCCCAGAUCUGCUCCCCCCAUGACAAGGAGAUUAUGCUCAGCAUCGAGCAGCAACUGCAGCCCUGGAGCGCCUCCUGCUGGGAGGAGGAGGCGGCGGACGCUAGCCCGCUGAGCACCGACCCGCUGGAGCACAUCCACCAAUGCUACAUGGAUGAGCUAGCCUCGCUCUGCUACCACAGGGAGCAGAACCGGGCCUGCCCACUCCGGUUCGUCCACUCGUCCUUCCACGGCGUCGGACACGCCUUCGUCCGCCGGGCCUUCCAGGAGUUCGGGUUCGACCCGCCCAUCCCGGUACCGGAGCAGCAGAACCCCGACCCGGAGUUCUCCUCGCUGCGCUGCCCGAACCCGGAGGAGGGCGAGUCGGUGCUGGAACUCUCUCUCCGCCUGGCCGAGCAACGGGACGCCCGCGUCGUCCUGGCAACCGACCCCGACGCCGACCGUCUGGCCGUGGCCGAAAUAACCGACAGGUGCACCUGGAAGGUGUUCACCGGUAACGAGCUGGCCGCUCUACUGGGUUGGUGGAUGUUCCUGAACUGGAAACAGAACCAUCCGGAUCCGGCCGACACCCGGAGCGUCUACAUGUUGGCGACCACCGUGUCCUCCAAGAUCCUGCAGGCCUUCGCUCACUUGGAGGGAUUCCACUUCGAGGAAACUCUGCCCGGGUUCAAGUGGAUCGGGAACCGGAUCCACGAACUCUCCGAGUCGGGAAACACCGUCAUCUUCUCCUUCGAGGAGUCGAUCGGUUUCCUGUGCGGCUCUAUGGUGCCGGAGAAGGACGGUGUUAGCGCCGCUGCGGUGGUGGCAGAAAUGGCUGCUUAUCUGCACAACCAGAACCUGAGCCUGAACCAGCAGCUGCUCAACAUCUACCACACCUACGGUUACCACGUGUCCAGAACCUCUUACGUCAUCUGUUACGAUCCAAUCACCAUCCAGAAAAUCUUCAGCCGGAUACGGAGUUUCCACGGCGACGGUUCGUACCCGACGACCUGCGGCGGCGUCAAGAUCGUCCACGUCAGAGACGUCACCACGGGAUACGACAGCAGCCGGCCGGACCUCCGAUCUGUUCUCCCCGUGUCCAGGUCCAGUCACAUGAUCACCUUCACGCUGCAGAACGGCGUGGUGGCGACGCUGAGGGCGAGUGGAACCGAACCCAAGAUCAAAUACUACACGGAGUUCUGCGCCGCGCCGGGAGACAGUGACGUUUCCCGGCUGGAGGCGGAGCUUCAGGCGGUGACGGCGUCUCUGCUGGACGACUUCCUGGAACCGGAGAAGAACGGGCUGAUCCGCCGCCGCGAGUAGCCCCGCCCACUUCCUGCUGAUGACAUCACACCCCCCACUUCCUGUUGAAACCAAAAAAAAGAGGACAAAUUUGAUCUGCUGAUCGAUCAGAUGUUUGAUCAAUCGUUUGAUCGAUCAGAAGGUUUGAUGGUUUGCCGUUUUCAAACGUAGCGACUGAAAGUUGAGCUUUUCUACCGUAUUUAUUGACUAAAUUGAUCGACAAUCAGCCGACGAAUCAGAGCUGAGAAGAUCAUCGUGUGAAAUGUUCCUUCCUGUUCCCUCACAUUUCCUUCAAAAUAAAAGCACUUCAGACUGAUUGUUUUUCAGGGAAUUUGAGUGAAACUCUCUUUUUUUUUAUCAACUUUGACACAAAAGAAAUGUUGGAAAUAUGUCAGAAUAGAAUUUUUAUUUAUUUAUAUUUUUGUUUCCUAAAAACUAAGUGUGAACUGCGACAAACGCGUGACUAGUUCGGUCCAAAAAGGAUCAAUAACUUUGUUUGAACUUCCUACGGUUAAAAAACGAGGAGUUUUAUUUUAUGUCACACAAACGCUGCUGCUUCCGUCACAAGCUCUUAUUUUGUUAAAUCCCCAAGUCUGUUUCCUGUUGUGAAACGUGUUUCCUGUCGCAGCUUCAGGUGUUUGUUCUUGUUUGGAAUAAAUUGCGGUGAAACUUU